CGUCACUUGUUUACCACGCGAGAGGAGGUGUAAUUACUGUACUGGACAGUUAGCUACUUGGUGGAGGGAUGGCACAGGUGUCUACUCUAGUUCGGGAGGUCCUCUCACGUAAAUCUGCAGGCCAGACCAUCACAUCAUGCAAGAAGUGGGCUGUGUUCAUCGUCUUAUUCAUUGCCAUAUUAGUGCACGACCUGAAGCACAGCGGUAAUGUUAGUGGGAGGAGCAAGCUAUGGUGGUGGACUUGUCUGGUCCUCUGUUUCAUAUCCACCCUCAUUUUGGUCAAGCUCCUGUUGAGCUAUGCGGUAAAUUUUUUCACUCUCAAUGCCAUAGAAGUGAACGAUAAACAACGAUCCCUCCUCUCAAUUCAUGAAACAGAUAUAGGAUUUAAGCCAGCAACUCCAAAGAAGACUAAUUCCACACCAGUUGCUGACAAAUCUGUUUCUUUCUCAUCUCUGUUCAAUGCCACAUUACGAAGCUCAUCACCCAUGAGCCCCCCAGGAGCUGUCACCCCAGUUAAUAUGUCUCACAGCUCAUGGGGUAACCUGUCCUGUCAGAGUGCCUCCCCCUCACCUUUACAAAGUCCAGGUUCCUCUGUCAGCAGUCCAGUCGCAGGUCUGAACUUCAGCUUAACUAGCAGCAGCGGUGGAUCUGUUACAGCCAACUCCUGGGCCUUCCACCGUAACCAGUCAUCCAUACUAAGUUCAUCCUACAAUAUUAUGACAAGUCCACAGCAGCAUUCAUUCUCACCAUCCCAACUAUCUGACUCUCUGCUGGCUCACCGUGUAAGCAGCAGUCCCAAUAGUCCGGUGUCCCCUGCUGCUUAUGGUCCUCCCAUUAGUGGUGAAGCUGGUUUACAGGACUAUUUACAACAGUACAAGGAACGGGAAAAGCUGCGACAGAUAAUGUCACAGUCAGAGGGCAACAACAGCAUGAACAGCUCUCUGUGGGCCUAUGGAACUUCACCACACUCUCAACUCUCUGAUCAUGGCAACAUCCUCCGCAAGAAUGUCUACCAGGCUGCCACCAAAGACAUGGGUCAGGAGACAAAUUCAGCAGACAGCAAGAGUGAUGACUCCAAAACCUCAACACUGUGCAGCAGCAGCGUCAGCAAAAUAUGGCACAAGAGGAACGUCACCCCAGAACAACUCUUCCAGUUUACAGAGAAUUUGCGGAUUUGGAUGUCUGCCACUCUUUUGGUCCCACUUGUGCAAGAUAUUGACAAUACUAACAAGGCACUGAGAGCAGCAGCACCUGAGAUACAAAUUGGCUGUGUUGGCGUCGACAAGUUGAAAAAAACGGCACAAAAUAUAUCUGGACUCAAGCAAUUAGCUGAUGUUGUUCCGUUCCUGGAUGUAACGAUUCAUCAAGACUACUUAGUUCAUCGCCUCAGGGAGCUUAGUGCGGGUGGAGCUAUUUCUGCAUACCGUUGGAAUGGAGGAAGCUCCACUUUCAAUAGCAAACCUUGGAAGGAAGAAUACCCUACUGAUACUGCUAUAUUGUUGCACUUGUUUGCAAUGUACAUGGAUCGCCAACUGCCACCAGAUAUCCAACAGCCGGAAGGUCGCAUGUUCUCAAGCACACAUGUAAUCAAGGCACCAGAGAAACCUGUUAAGCCCACCACCCGGCCUCUGCUGUACCUUAGUCAGAUCAAUCCACCCCACGUGAAGAUAGUCCUGCCCCCGGAUGAAGAAUGUGAGGUUGGUAGUGGCCGGAACAACUUCACCCAUGCACUGCUGCUCUUCAUCCACCACGUCACCCACCAACAACAUUCACGCAUUGCAAAUAUCAACCUCACAAUGUCGGGAGUAAACCUUUCUUGGGUUGUUCGAAGCAGUUGAGAAUAAGAAUAUUUUUGUAUUAUUAAGUGAGUGAAUGUGAAUCUCAUGUUCAAUAUUAUUUUUAUAUGUUAUUUGUGCACAUGAGGACAGAUAAAUUUGGGGAUCAAAAUUCUAUGAUUUACACAAAAAUAUCAGUUUUCCAUUUUUGACUGGGUCUUCCGUAAUGUGGUGUGAACUUAUAAAACAAAGCAGGUAAAAGGUUUAAGAUUAAAAGGCCCACCCUCACACCCCCUUCCUGAAUAUUGUUUUUUAUAUAUUCAUUGUGAUUUUGAUUUAGUUUGGAAUACUUUUUGUAUUUCAAUUUUUAAAUAAGCAGUACUUUAUUUUUUUGUAUAGCAUCUCUUCAUUUGUACUUGGUAUACAUGUAUAGUAUUAGUAUUUAUGAAAUACAUUUUAUAUCUUGCUUCAUACCAACAAAAUGGUAAAUAAGUUGUUACAUUACUACAUCUGCACCACUUGCUUUUCCUACAGUAAUGCAAAAGCAUGAAAAAAAACUUGUCUCUCCUUAUCCCUCAAACUUAAAGGAUCUUGGGGGUUGCAAUCAUGGUGCUCUCUGCCCCUUGAUAAAAAAAGUGGUAUUCAACCAAUGGCACAUCCCAACCAAAUUUCACACAUUAGUUACACACAGUUGAUGAACCCUAGCAGUUUUAGUUGAACUUAGGGGGAAAUAAACCAUUCCAUUGAUGGCUCUAAUUUUUAUUAAGUAUCUAAUGAUUUAAUUUAAAAUAUUUAUAUUUUAGCAUUACACUACCUUAAAGCAAUACAUAUACAGUAUUAUAUACGGUAUUUUACACACAGGACUACCUGUACUUGUUGAAUAUUUAUAGUCUUUCAUAAAUUCAUAUUGAUAAUGAUGUUGGCUGUGAAAGUAGAUCCCCUAAUGCUAAGCCACAGGGGCAAUUUUGAAACAACACCUUGAAGACAAAGUCUUUGGUAUGCAAGUACAGUAUUUAAUGUGGUCAACUUUACUUUCUACCAUCUCUCAAUGGUGGCACGAUAAAACUAGGUAUUCAUUCUGCAGAUGAGAUAACUGGGGGUACUCAACUCAGUGUACCAUAGGUCUCAAACCAGUAACCAUGGUGUCAUAAGCCAAGUGAUCUAUCCACUUGGUACUACACUCCACCUUAUGUGGGAAGUGAUGUGUGCAAAUGGAGGAAGUAGUAAGUAAAUGUUGAGAGGAAACAGAAUAAAUUUAGAAAUUACGAAAAA